CAGCACUUCAAUCACUCCAAUCCUCCUCCUCCUCCUCCUCCGCCUACACGCACACAUCUUCACAAUGGCUGGUGGCAUUCCCACCGCUGCUCCCCAGCUUGCUGGCGGCUACCUGACUGGUCGGGCCCUCAUCUUCCCCCUCUCCCUCAUCAUCUCUCUAUUCUUCCUCUGGGGCUUCUCCUACGGCCUGCUCGAUGUCCUCAACAAGCAUUUCCAGACCGUGCUUGGCAUCUCCCGCCUCGAGUCCACUGGCCUCCAGGUCAUGUACUUUGGCGGCGGUUACCUGCUCUACUCCCCUAUUGCCGCAGAGGUCCUCAAGCGCCGGGGCUACAAGCAAACCAUCCUGAUGGGCCUUUCUCUCUACUCGCUUGGUGCUAUCCUCUUCUGGCCCGUGGCCAAGUCCGCCGACAGCAGCAGCAACGGCAGGGCUGUCUUUGGCGGCUUCUGCGCUUGUACCCUUGUCAUCGCCUGCGGUCUCGCCACCCUUGAAACCGCUGCCAACUCGUACGCCGUCGUCAUUGGCAAACCCGAGUCUGCUUCAGCCCGUCUGCAAUUCUGCCAAUCGUGGAACGGCGUUGCUUCCUUCAUCGGCCCCCUGAUCGCGUCCAAGUACUUCUUCAGCGGCGCGAACCAGAACAGCCUUACCAAUGUUCAAUACGUCUACCUCGCUGUCAGCUGCGCUGGCGCCGCCGUCGCGGUCCUCUUUUUCUUUGCCCGUCUUCCUGAGAUUCCCGAGGCCGUCAUCGAAGAUGAGGCUCACGGCCAGACGACCCAGGGCUCGUUCUGGAAGCAGUACAACAUGUGGUUUGCCUUUGGCGCCCAGCUCUGCUACGUCGGUGCCCAGGUCACCAUCGCCACCUUCUUCAUCAACUACGCCCACGAGAACGGCGGCAUUUCCACCAGCAAGGCUAGCACCAUGCUGAGCUACGCUCUGAUCACCUUCACCGUUGGUCGCUUCUUUGCCACUGCUCUGGCUAUGCUUCUCUCUUCCGGCUUCAUCAUGGUCGUCUACACCUGCUGCGCCAUUGCCCUGACAGCCUACGUCAGCGCUGGUCACGGCGCUGCCAGCGUCGGCGUGCUCAUCACCAUCUUCUUCUUCGAGGCCCCCAUGUAUCCUACCAUCUUCGCCAUGGGUACCAAGAACCUUGGCCGCCACACCCGACGCGGAGCUGGUGUCCUUGUCAUGGGUGUCUCCGGUGGUGCCAUUUUCCCUCCCAUCCAGGGUGCCAUUGCCGACGCCAAGUCAACCCGUAUCAGCUACCUCGUCCCCAUGAUUGGCUUUGUCUACGUUCUGGGAUACGUCGCUGUUAACUGGGUUCGUGAUGGCACGCCCAUCCUGGCACCCAAGGCGUCUGAGACCACUGUUAGCGACUCAGCGAGUGUGAAGGAGAAGGACGGUGCCAUCAUUGAGCAGCACGAGAAGAAGGCCGAUGACUGGGCAUAGAACAUACAAGAUAUACAAGAUACACAAGAUCCGAAAUUAGAAGUAGACAGGGUUCUCUAGAGCGGAUUCAAUAAUACUACUGAAAGAAA